AUGGCUUAUGAGGAAGGCGCAGCUGCCCUGGGACUCCUCGAGCCGCAGCAGCAGCACUUAGCAGCUGAAAUACACCGAAGAAUCUGUAGACUCUUGGAGCCGUGUUCUCUACUGGCUCCUGAUGCAGAGCAGAGGCAAAAGCAUGAAGAAAGGCAGAAGCAGGUUUAUGAUAGCCCCCAGACACAGCCAGCAGAGGCGGAGGCGGAGGUUCGACUUCUGCUUCAGACGCACGCAACUUUGGCAGCCCUCCUUGACGAUAGGCUACAGGGAUGGUCCUCAGCUCAGCCACAACUGCAGCCACAGCUGCAGCAGCAGCUACAGGCACAGCUGCAGCCACAGCUGCAGCCACAGCAGCUGAUACUGCCGCUGCCCAUGCAGCAACAGCAUCGGAUACAGCAACAGCAACAGCAAAUGCUCUUUCAGAGGAACAGGCUUCUACAGCUCUGCCAGAAACAGCUGCAGCAGCACCAAGUUGCUAAUCAAGCACAAACGCUUCCAAUCUUUUGCCAGGAGAAACAACAGCUGAUGCUGCAGCAACAUCACCUGAGCCAGCAACACAAGCUACAGCAGCAUCUGCUUCAGCAACAGCAGCUUCAACAGCAACAACAGCAGCUGCACCUGCAGUUGAAAGAAACGUCACAGUGGCGAUCCGCUGAAGAGAUACCCAACCCCCAGCAGACACAGAUCCCCCACAAUAUGCAGCAGCAGCAGCGGCAAGCGUGGGAGCAGAUGCAGCAAAAGCGCACGUGGCAGGUGGAGAGUUACAACACUGCGUGUUCUGCAGCCAAGGAAAGUCGAACAGAGGCGUUUCCGAACUGCUUUGCGCACGUUGACUCUGAAACGAUGAGCCUCAAUGGGGCAUCGCCUGCCCUCUGCACCGGCGUCGGAGGGGGGGGACGCGAUGCCGACCCCAGCAGCGUAGGCAUGAUGGAGGGGGCUUUCUUUGUGAGCCGCACGGAGUUGCUGGACUGGUUGAACAACACUUUGGCCCUCAGGCUCACGCGAGUGGAGCAGUGCGCCUCAGGCUGCGUCUAUCUGCAGGCGCUGGACAAUUUGUUCGGGCCCCAGAGCCGCGUACCCAUGAACAAGGUCAAGUGGGGAGCUAAACAUGAAUAUGAGUUCGUUCACAAUUACAAGCUGCUGCAGGCUGCCUUUGACGCACACGAUGUGCACAAACACAUUGAAGUCAACCGCCUCGUCAAGGCGAAAUAUCAAGACAACUUGGAAUUCCUCCAAUGGUUUAAGGCCUUCUGUGAUCGUCAAGCGGCCCUCUACGCAACAGACGUUCCUUAUGAUCCAGUUGAAAGAAGGAAGCUAGGAAUUGGGCCGUUUCCGGUUUGGGCCCCUGUUGGCGGUGAUGGGGGCGCCAAGAAGCCGUCUGCUGCAUAUGCCGCUUCCACUGCAACAACGAGGCCAGCAGCAGGAGCCCAGCCGUCCACUCGUUGUCGCGUGCAGCAGCAGCAACCGCAAAAGCAGCAGCCUGCAGGUGCUGGCGCAGGCACAGACGCUGCUAGCGGCGCAUUAGGCAAGCGGCUGCAGCAGCAGCAGCCACAGCAAAGGAGCCGCGAGGACGCAGCAGCAGCAGCGGCUGCAGCAGCAGCUGUGGAGACACUACAAGGGGAGCUACAGCAGGCAGUGUUGGAACGGGAUUUUUACUAUGGGAAGCUGCGUCGUAUUGAAAUAUUGUGCGGCGUGCAGGGACAGACUUCGUUGAGUGUAGAGGCAGUCCAGGCGAUCUUGUAUGCCAAAGACCACCCUGACGAACAGCCAGAAGCUGCAGAGGGAAACCUCUGA